AUGCUCAUGAUUCAAUGCUCUCAACUGCAUUAUAUUUUGAUCUUUGUCUUAUUCAGUGGAAAAAUUAGAAAGUCGGCCCAAUGUAGAACAGGCCUUCAAGCUGAUAGACUGUCAGGAGAAUUCAAGGGCAAAUCUGCGGUUCAAGAUGAGGCACAAAACCCAAGCCCGAGGCUCAAGUCUUACUACCAUCAGAUUCAGACUAACCAAGAAUCGCAAAACGUAAACGAGUAUAGCAGUCCAGUCUCCAAAGCUGAAGAAGCGUCUUCGGUUGAAGUGCCACCUAACACACCGCCGUCUUCAAAAAAUGAUACUUUCGAACAACCCCCCAAGGAUCCUUCGGAAAUAAUCCCAUCGAGCACAAGCUUAAUCUCACCCAAAGUCGCAACUCCGCACCACGAUGUAAAACCGAAGGUCGCCGAAAUCUCGCCGACUCCAUCUUCAGAAUCUCUUUCGAAACCACACGUGGGUUAUGGGAAGCAGCAGAGCAUGAUCAUCACAAGAGACCUCCUUAUCGCCAUCUCAGUCCUUGCAUUAUCCAUGCUCUCUCUCGGCAUCAUAUGGUUCGCGCUGAUCGUGUUCCAGCCUAUGAUCAGAUCAUCACGGAUGAGGCUUAAACCACGAUCGUGGUUCAAGAAAAAUACAAAACCGAAUGAUCCACCUCAGUGGUGGACUCAGUUUCCUAUAAACUCCCAACUGUCAGAAGCUGAGGCCUUGUCCAUUACCAGAAAUUUUACCGGAGGUGCCAAUGCAGGGAGGUCUCAAUUUGGAUCAACAAGCGAAAUGGUAGCCGCAUUCACGCCUAGGAAAGUCAGUUGGAAUAUGCACACAGGAUUGACCGAACAAGUCGAAGUCUUGGAGGAUCCAGAAAGUCAAUGGAAACCAGACAACGCUCCGAGCGGAGAGAACCCCAUCCCGCAUAGUCGACUCGAGACCUGGCUGAGGGGGACUGAUGAGAUGAGGGGAAAGUUGUUCUUAGCCACUUCUGUCUUCCAAAAGGAUCCAAGCCUGUGUCUGACGAAAGAAUCCGCUCUAAUGCGCGGGUUGCCUUCGUUGGGUCCUUCUGAUUCGGCUUCCAGAUUAUGAUCUUCUUGUCUGCUUUACGGUUCCAGCUUUCACGCAACACAUUUAUCAACAAACAUUGCAUUUCUUCCCUUGUUCAACUCUGGUCAAG